AUGGAGGAAGGAAAACAAGAGUCAUAUCCGGGGUGUGAGAAUUUUUCUAAACUGAGUUUCACCAUUCGAUUGUACUUAAUCAAAUGCAUUCAUGGCUUGAGUAAUGUGGCUUUUUCAGACUUGUUAGACUGGUUAAAAGAGGCAUUUCCAUUUGCUAAGCUACCCGAGUCUUUUUACAAGGCAAAAAAUAUGAUAAAAGAUUUGGGUAUUCAUUAUGAAAACAUACAUGCGUGCCCUAAUGAUUGCAUGCUUUUUUGGAAUGAAAAUGAGAAGAAUGAUAAUUGCUCUGUAUGUGGAACUUCUAGAUGGAAGAAUGUUGUCGAUGGCGUGACUAAUGCAAGCUCCAAAAUCCCUGCAAAGGUUUUAAGGUACUUUCCCUUAAAGCCUAGGCUUCUGAGGAUAUUCAUGUGCUCUGAAACAGCUGCAGCUAUGAGAUGGCAUGCUACUGAACGACCCAAUGAUGGGAAUUUAAGACAUCCUGCUGAUAGGGAAGCGUGGAAGAAUUUUGAUUUAUUUCACAAGGAUUUCUCUCGGGAUCCUCGUAAUGUUAGAAUGGGUCUUUCAAGUGAUGGUUUUAACCCGUUUCGAACCAUGAGCAUUUCCCAUAUCACAUGGCCUGUUAUGCUAAUGAACUAUAAUUUAUCACCAUGGAUUUGCAUGAAGCCGGAGUAUAUAAUGCUGUCAAUGAUCAUUCCAGCCUUGUUGUGGACGAUUAGUGAUUUUCCAGCACUAGCAAUGCUCUCCGGAUGGAGCACCAAAGGGAGACUGGCAUGCCCGGCUUGUAAUUAUGGCACAUGCUCUCAGUAUCUCAAACAUAGUCGUAAGAUGUGUUACUUGGAUCAUCGGACAUUUUUGCCUCCUGAUCAUCCAUUUCGAAGAGAUAAGAAAUCAUUUGAUGGUGUAGAUGUGUCAGAAGAAUUGCGUGAAUUUAAUCAUGUCUUUGGAAAGGGUCAAAAGAAAUGGCACCGGGGUAAUGAGGGUCCGUGGAAGAAAAAAUCAAUCUUUUUUGAAUUGCCGUAUUGGGCACAUAACAGAUUGAGACACAAUCUUGAUGUAAUGCACAUCGAGAAGAACAUAUGUGAUAGUUUGCUUGGUACUUUAUUGGAUAUGCCUAGAAAGUCAAAAGAUCAUGUAAAUUCUCGCUAUGACUUGGAAGAGAUGGGGAUACGAAAAGAGCUUCAACCAUUAAAAGAUAAGGAUAAUAAAAAAGUUUAUUUGGCUAAAGCUUGUUUCUCCAUGAAACCAGAAGAGAAAAAGCUGUUUUGCACUGUUUUAAAAAAUAUGAAAUUACCAAAAGGGUGUGGGUCAAAUAUAUCACAACGUGUGGAAGUGGAGGAAAUGAAAGUAUCAGGGUACUAG